CCACAUAGUGAUUACUUCAUUAAUUGUCCCGCCUUUAUCUCCACCCUUCCCAUCCCCCCUAAUAAUCAGCUCUUUUAUCCAGACCAACAAACACACCAUAGGAGCUUUGUGGAUUCAAAGGAUUUGCUUUCCCCUCUCAAAGAGCCGCUAUUCUUUGAUGAUUGGGCAGCGGCAAACUUCAAAGUAACAAAUCUUAUUUCUGACUGGCUGGCGGCCCACCAAAGUCCUUAUCAAAUUCUAAGAAGUGAUCCCUCACUCUCCAGAUAGUCCAAGGAUAUCUCGAGGAGAGGAAGUAUUGAGUGUGAAGACCUUACCACGUCAAGACAUUUUUCUACGAUUUUACAUUUAUCUCAAUUCGUUUUAUUGUGAUUUGUUUUUAACAAGAAGGAAGAGGACGUUUACCAUGGCAGCAGUGGCUGUACUGCGGAAUGAAACACUCCAGGCUUUUCUUCAGGACCGUACUCCGAACUCUUCUCCAGAGAACUGCAAACACUCUCCACUGGCGCUGUUAGCUGCCACUUGUAACCGGAUCGGACAUCACCACGGAUCAAGUCCGGCAGAUUUCCUACAGGUUCCUUAUGACACUACUUUAGGCUCACCGUCGCGAAUCUUUCAUCCUUGGAGUAACGAGGGGAAUCCUCAAAGCACUCUCUCUAGCAAUUCUACUUUUGGACUAUCUAAAUCCCAACUCCACAUCCAAAGCUCAUUUACUUCCCACCACGAGCUCCCGCUCACCCCUCCAGCGGAUCCCUCAUAUCCCUAUGACUUUUCUCCUGUGAAGAUGUUACCUUGCUCCAUGCAAUCUUUGCAGUCCUCGUGCCCACCCACGUACGUCCCUGCUGUAACUUAUGCAGCGCCAAAUGCCAUGCAAGGUUUCGUUACCGGACACUCUGGCCUUGUGCACCAGCAACAGAGACAGUUGUCCCCUAACACAGGGGAGGAUAUUCCGUGGUGGAGUCUCCAACAGGGAAAUCACGUCAGUCACCACUCAAUCACCACACAAUCCCUAGGUCACCACCGUUUCCAACUGCAGAGGGGUUUGGUAAUGGGACAUACAGACUUUGCGCAGUAUCAGACUCAAAUCGCUGCCCUCCUUCACACCAAGUCCCCCCUUGCAACAGCUCGAAGAUGCCGGAGAUGCAGGUGUCCAAACUGUCAGUCAUCCACCUCAAGCGAUGAGCCCGGCAAGAAAAAGCAACACAUCUGUCACAUACCAGGGUGCGGGAAAGUUUAUGGCAAAACUUCCCAUCUCAAAGCGCACCUGAGGUGGCACUCGGGAGAGCGUCCAUUUAUUUGUAACUGGCUUUUCUGUGGCAAGAGUUUCACCAGGUCUGAUGAGCUUCAGAGACACCUGAGGACUCAUACUGGGGAGAAGCGUUUUGUUUGUCCGGAUUGUUGCAAGAGGUUCAUGAGGAGUGACCAUUUGGCAAAACAUGUCAAAACUCACCAGAACAAAAAAUCUAAGUGUCAUGAGAAGACACUUGAUCAUCACGUUAAAAGGGAAGAUUUGAGGAACAUGUAGUAGCCUACAUUAGAGUCAAGUUGAUUAGUAAUCAAGCUAGACCUAUACUAGUGCAAUAUAAGUCAUUUACUUAGUUCAAGUACAAAGUGACAUUUCUUUCAUUUUUGGUUUCCUUCUUUUUUCUUACACCCAGAAAAAUAAUUUCUCUAACAUUGCUGUUCUGUGUAGCACAUUUUUGUAUAUAUGACAUCUGUCUCAUAAAGUUAAGUUGGGAUCCUGGAAAACGUACUCUAAUACCCCAUGAGCAGGUGGUGUUCACUGUCUAUACCAUAUCAAGAAAGACAAGUUUCAGCUUGUGUUUUGAUCAUUUUCUUUGUGGAAGAUUUCACUUUCUUGUAAAUAAUAUUUAAUAGCUUUUGUUGAAUGAUAGUGUCCGUUUUUGCUCAAUGUGGGGUGUUUUAGCAUGCUCUUUAAAAGAUAUGCUAUUGUUGAUAUGACACAAAUACUGUGUGAGAAUAAAGAGAACAUUUUCCAAUGUCAGAA